GAGUUUAUUUGAUAGUUGUAUUUGCUUCAUUGUGGAGGUCACAGAGCGGAUCAGGGCUGCUGAACCCCGGACUCGGAGCAGGAGGACCGUGUUAAUGAAGUUAGGUGAAGUUUCUCUGCUCGGGUGUUGAUCCAGAAAUAGAGCAGGACGCGCAGAAAUAGUCGAGCGGCGCAUUGCAAAACUCAUGCAGCUUUUAAUAUCCCGUUUUUAUCGUAGUGAACUUGAGUGAACUUGAUUGAAGAGUUUGUCUGUUACUCAAGUGACUGAAAACUUUUGAAGAAAACGCACAACAUGGGCUUGCACCCUCUGGAGUUCAGUGAAUGUUACCUGGACAGUCCGGGUUUCAGAGACAAAAUCAAAGCUCAUGAAGCAGAGCUGGAUAAAACCAACAGAUUCAUUAAGGAACUUUAUAAAGAUGGAAAAAACCUCAUCAAUGCAACCAAACAACUUUCUCAAGCCCAGCGUAAGUUUGCCCAGUGCUUGGGGGAUUUCCAGUUUGAGUACAUCGGGGACGCCAAGACUGACGACGAAAAGUGUAUUGAUGAGUCCUUACAGGAGUUUUCCUCCUUCCUCAGAAAUCUGGAAGAUCAGAGAGAACUGAUGAUGAAAAACAUAACCGAGACGCUGAUGAAACCUCUUGAGAAAUUUCGUAAAGAGCAGCUGGGAGCAGCGAAGACAGAGAGAAAGAAGUAUGAGAAGGAAACAGAGAAGUACUACACAUCACUGGAGAAACUCCUGAACAUGUCAGCAAAGAAGAAGGAACCGCAGUUACAUGAGGCAGACGUGAUGGUGGAGACCAUGAGGCAGCGCUUUCAGGAAGAGUCGCUGGAGUACGUGUGCAAACUGCAGGAAAUCCAGGAGAGGAAAAAGUUUGAGUGUGUCGAACCUAUGCUGGCUUUCUUUCAGACCGUCUUCACUUUCUAUCACCAGGGAUUCGAGCUGGCCAAGGAUUUUGAUCAUUACAAAAAAGCCCUUCAGAUUAAUAUUCAAAAUACCCGGAGUCGUUUUGAGGGGACACGCUCAGAAGUGUAUGAAUUAAUGAAGAGGUUUCAGGGGGCGCCACAGGAGUACAGACAGACCAGUCCCAUAAGUAGUGAGGGAUACCUCUUCGUCCAGGAAAAACGUCCUCCACCGUUCGGCUCCAGCUGGGUGAAGCGCUACUGCACGUUCGUCAAGGAACAGAAGCUUCUCCACAUGAUCACAUUUGACCCAAAAUCUGGGGGCAAGUUUGGUGAGACAGAGUCAGCCACUCUCAAGUCCUGUGUGAGAAAAACCACAGAUACUCUCGACCGACGAUUCUGUCUAGACAUAGAGAUCACAGACCGGCCCGGCACUGUGCUCACGGUGCAGGCUCUGUCAGAGGACGACCACCGGUUCUGGAUGCAGGCCAUGGGUGGCAAAGAACCGGUGCACCAUCUGGGGAGAACAUAUUCAAAAGAAAGAGGAAUUGAUGCACAGCUGGAUGAAGUUGGUAUAAAUUUUGUCAGGAACUCCAUCAAAGCUAUUGAAACAAGAGGUAUUAAUGAUCAGGGAUUGUACAGAGUGGUUGGUGUCAGCUCAAAGGUGCAGAAGCUCCUCAACGUAAUGAUUGAUGAGAAGAAUAAUGAAAUAGACUUGGCCACCUGUGAGGACUGGGAUGUGAAGACCAUCACUAGCGCACUAAAGCAGUAUCUAAGGAGUCUCCCUGAGCCAUUAAUGACGUAUGCUCUGUAUAAGGAGUUCAUCAUUCCUGCAAAGAGCGCGAGUCCGGAGUCCAGAGUUCAGGCUAUUCAUUGCUUGGUACACAAACUGCCUGAGAAGAACCAGGAGGUGCUGAGCCUGGUCACCAAACAUCUGGCAAAUGUGGUGGCUCACAGCAAGCAGAAUCUGAUGACUGUCGCUAACCUGGGUGUGGUGUUCGGCCCAACUCUUAUGCGACCUCAGGAGGAAACAGUGGCUGCCAUCAUGGACCUGAAGUUUCAAAACAUUGUAGUGGAGAUUCUUAUUGAGCAGCAUGAAAAGAUAUUUGGAGACAUUCCGAACUCGUGUCCUGCAUCAGCUCUGUCCCCGUUCACAGCUCCAACACGACAGUCAAAAAAGCAAGCACGUCAGACUCGACCCCUGGCCGUGUACAACCCUGAGGUUCUGGACCUCCACACAGAGUCUUCAUUGUCUGAGAGUGUAUCUCUGACCCCUGAUGAAGUAUCUCUGGGCAGUAACGAAUCCGUUUCCUCUCAGUCCUCCACGGCAUCAAUCUCAGAAACUCCACCUGAAAAGACUAAGAAUCCUUUUUGUGACACUCCAACCUGCACCGGCUUACAGAACUCUGGAUUGUGCUCAGGCAUGGCAUCAUGGAUGAACUCCCCGUCCCUAUUGUCUGACCCCAAAACUUCAGAAACUGAUGAAGCAGCUGGAGGAGAAAACGUAGAGAAACCUGCUGAAAGUGUCACGCUGAAGAAAGCCAAGGCCGUGUUCCCCUGCGAAGCCGAGCAUGACUCCGAACUCUCCUUCCAGGUCGGCGCAAUCUUCCACGCCGUGACCGAGUCUCGAGAGCCCGGCUGGCUGGAAGGAGAGCUGGAGGGUAAACGAGGGUUAAUCCCUCAGAACUACGUGGAAAUGCUGUAACACUCGGACAAACGGAAAAGUAAAAGAGAAAAACGACAGUUUCUAUACAUGGUAUCCAUGGUGUGGCCCGACCUCUUCUUUAGAUUACUUUUACGCUCUCCGUCUGUGCCACGAGUCGCCCGGUGCGGGUUUUAUCCAAAGCUUGAUUAAGUGGCUUACAUUUCAACAAACAUUGUUUUUCUUGUCUUAGCAUAUAAAAGUUAAUAUAAUCUUGAGUAUGUAUUGUACAUAUGAACUGUUGGGGUGAGUGGAUUGAUGUUUUUUUGAGUGUGUAUGUGUGUUUUAACUGAACAGGUUGGCUCUUUGCAUGAGUUUAUAAUGUACUUUAUAUUAUUUAAUAGAUCUAGUUGAUUUCAUUGCCUGUUAAAUGUGUGUUUGAGCUAAAUGUAUGACGACAGCAAAAAAAGUGAAAGCACUCUUCCGUUAUAUUGACGUUGACGUUUUGUUUAAGUAAACCUGAAGUGCUGGGCCAUAAAGUCACUACGAGCUGUUUGACAAAUCCAUAUGGAGCAAUUAUAUUUGUUUUAAUUUUAUAUGUACUGUAAAUGUUAAUGCAGUAAACGGCACCUAUAUCGUCCAAAUGAAAGUAUAAAUAAUAAUAAAAUAUUUUAAGAUCACCUGAACAGUAUUGAUAAGUCUUUAUGUCACGUAUUUCAUUAUUCUAGCAUCCAAAGUUUAAAGUUUGUUCUUUAUUUACCGACGAUGUGCACCAGUGGUGUAAUUAAAGACUGAUUUAUUCACAUCUGUACACAUUUCAGCUUUGCUUUUUAUCCUGUAGGUUCUCCUGUCGAAUGAUGUUAAAUAAAUAAAGGAUGUUUAUUCUUUG